GCUUUGAAACAAACAACGCCACCAGACUUCAUUAUUUCGAGUCAAAUUCCGAGAAUUCAGGUCUCCAUUCUCGCUGAUUCCUCAAAGAAGACAGGCAAACUAUGGAUAUCAAAACGUUGCUUCACAAUCUUCGCGAAGAAGUGUCUUGUCCAGUGUGUACUAACAUAUACACGGAUCCAAAACACCUCCCAUGUCUUCACAGUUUCUGUCUGCAAUGCUUGAAACAGUGGCACAGAACAAGCCAUGGCCGAGACACAAUAAGAUGUCCGAAAUGCCAAGUUGUUAGCAGAGUGCCCGAUAAUGGCGAUCUGAAAGACCUUCCCACCAGUUUUUAUCUGAACGGCUUGAUUGAUGUGCUGGCCAUUAAAGAAUGCAAAACCAGCCAAGUUGGAUGUGGAAAUUGUCAAAAGAAAAGCUCCAAGUGUUCUUACUGUUUUCAUUGUUGCAUGUUUUGGUGUGAUGAGUGCCUCAUCGGACAUAACAUCAUUCAAGGCAAUAAAGAUCACCGUGUCGUGGCGCUCGAAGACUUUCAAGAAAAGGACUAUGAGGAUGUAAUAAAACGACCCUUGUACUGCUCGAAACAACGGCACGAAAAAGAAGAACUUAAAUACUUUUGCAAGAACUGCGAAACGGCAGCUUGCCAAAGCUGUGUUUUGAUAGAUCAUGCGGGUCACGCCAUUACGCACCUAGAGGAAGAAGCGGAAAAACAAAAGUUGGAAAUGAAAUCCUUGAUUGAAACACAGAGGCGCGAUUUACAAGCAAAGAUUAACACUAUGGGUCGACUGACUGAAGACUGCGCUAAAUUGAUACAACUAAGUAAAGACAUAAAGAGAGAAGUGCAGACGUUUGUGGACAAUUUGAUUGCAACUAUUGAAGCGAAGAAACAAAAUAUCUUUACAGCGGUGGACGAUGAAACGAAGAGAUUCCUCGAAGCUCUAACAACGCAAAAGACAGAGACUGAGAGUGAAAUAAAGAUCAUCGAAGAAUCGCUGGAAAAAGCUGAAACAAUUCUUAGACGGAGCACAAACGUGGAUGUCCUUCAGGGGAAGAAAUCGUUGGAGAAAAUAUUUCAGGGAGCUGAUGAGAGCCAGUCAAAGGACUACUGUUACCCAGAAAGGCUUCCUGUUUUAGUUUUCGUGGAAAACUCAAAGAUAGUUAACACAAUAAACGCCGAAGAAAUUGGAACUUUGCAAAUGGAAAACCGAACAAAAGCAAGUCAAUCAGCUGCUGACGGCAAAGGACUUGAAGAGGCAAUUGCUAACCGUGAAGCGCACUUUACUUUGACUACAAGGAACGCUAAAGGAAGACAAUGUUACGAUGAACGUGACCAUGUAACGGUGGGGAUCAUGGAUGAACAAGGACGAGACUGCGCCAGGGACUUGCGAAUAACUGACAAUAAGGAUGGACGCUAUCAAGUCAGCUAUUCUCCCAGAAAUGAAGGAAGAUGUAAAUUGACAAUAAAGGUAAACGGGGAAAAUGUUGGAGGAAGUCAAUUCCUUGUCCUCGUAAAAACAUUUCAGUUUAAACCUGUUUUAUCUUUUGGAGAAGAAGGUUCGUCUCUUGGAAAGUUUGAUUUGCCUUGGGGGGUUGCAGUGAAUGCUAGGGACGAGAUCGCUGUAACUGAUCAAAACAACCACAGAGUUCAAAUUUUCAGUAGUGAAGGAAAGUUUUUAAGAUCAUUUGGCAAAAAGGGUGACAAAGCGGGAGAAUUGAGAAAGCCUCGGGGAAUUGCAUUUCAUAAUAAUGGCAAUAUUUUCGUGGCAGACAGUGCUAAUGAUAGAAUCCAAAUUUUCAGCGGGGAGGGUGAGUACGUGGGAAGCUUUGGUGGAAAAGGAAACCUUGAUAGUCAGCUCAAUAAUCCCUUGGGUUUAUCUGUAGACAGUGAUGGGAACAUCAUUGUUGCUGAUUCAAUUAACAGACUGAUUAAGAUCUUUUCUCCUGGUGGCAAGUUUCUAAGGAAAAUAGGUGAGCAGGGAUCCCUUACGUUUCCUUUCCACUGUAUUCAGUAUGACAGAUAUCUUAUAGUGUCUGAAAGAGGCGAACAUUGUAUCAAAGUUUUUGACAGAAAUGGAAACUUUCUGUACACAUUUGGAAAGCAGGGUGGAGGGGACGGGGAGAUUAAUAAUCCAAGAUGUUUGUCAGUGAACAAGUCAGGACAACUUAUGGUCUGUGACGAAUGUAAUCAUAGAAUACAAGUCUUUGAACUGAAUGGAAAGUUUGUUGGUAAGUUUGGAACACGCGGCGAAAAUUCAGGAGAAUUCGAUACUCCAUGGGCAAUCGCCGCUCUCAGUACUGGGCGAGCUGUUGUUGUUGAAUUUGGUAACCAACGUAUUCAGAUAAUUGAGUAGUUCACGUUCGCUUUGAUGAAUUAUUUGGUCCAUUAUGAGAAGAGUUAAAUUCAAUCGGUCAAUAUUAGGUUAUGUAUAAAUGGAUCGAGUUUUACAUCGAAAAUUCACUUAAAAAAUAGUAAAAAUGGUAGAAGACUUCUUUAAUUUUUGGCGGAGUGGCAGCGCUAUAUAAAAGAAUAAUCAAAUGCAAUAGUUUGUGAAGCAUUCUGAGAGAAGCCUAUUCCUACUGAGAAUGUAUUGUUUACAGAAAUUUUUGUAAAUAUAUUUGGUAUUCAUUUUUUUAACAAACCAUAGUUAGUAGAGGGGGACUGGUCAGUCCCCCUCUACUAACUAUGAACAAACCAAAGGUUUUGGUUUUGAGUGCGGACAAAACGUGCACAGGACGAAAUGACUAAAUUAAGUGUGCUUAAAGGUAACUUAGAGGUUAACAUUAGAAGUAUUUAAGACAUCUUUAGGUGACAUACGAAAGUUCUGAAAUGAAUCUUUAAUGCAACUUUCAGAAGUCAAUUAAAGUGUCCUUAUGAAGUAUUUAGUUAACACUUUAAGAUCAAAUGAAAGCAAACCUAAAUAACCACUUCAUGAACACUUUGAGAUCACAUGAAA